GACUGGAUGAUGUAAACCUCCCGGGGAUCCGAGGCGCCGUUCACCUUCUUUCCGGUUACAGCUCCUGCAGAGAGAAGGACGGUGUCUCUCCACCGCCAACUUCCCUCCCCGACUGGCUGAUACUAUUAAAAAUUAAAAGGGUUUUCUGUUGGGAUCAUGGCACCAAAAAGGCGAGCUGCCUCUGGUGGCAAGAGAGGUGGCAAAAAGGUGAAACAGGAGCCCGAAACACCGGAGCCCAAGGAUGCAUUCACCUCUGCGAAAGAGGCCCUUCUGGCUGCAGGGCCCCAGGUAAAAGGCAAGAGGAAUGUAGAUGAGCACUGCUCACUGCCGAGCUCCAAUGAGGUACACGAGGACUAUGACUGCAUGCUCAAUCAAACCAACAUUGGAAACAACAAUAAUAAGUUUUAUGUUAUUCAAGUUAUUAAAGACAAAUCCUCUUACUAUACUUGGACCAGAUGGGGUAGAGUGGGGGAAGUGGGACAAUCUAAACUUAACACGUUUAAUGAGUCCGAGAAGGCUGUCAAGGACUUUGAGAAAAAGUUCAAGGACAAGACCAAGAACAACUGGAGUGAUCGAUCAAAUUUUGUGUCUCACCCUGGGAAGUACACCCUCAUCGAGGUGGAUGGAGAGCAGGAUGCCGAGGUCAAGGUGGACACUGUCGAUGGAAAGAAUGUACAAGUCGCGAAAAAUGUCCAAGAUUGCACCCUUGAUGGCGCAACCAAGAGCCUCAUCAAACUUAUUUUCAGCAAUGACAUGUUCAAGGAGGCGAUGGAAUGUAUGAACCUAGAUAUAAAGAAGAUGCCUCUGGGUAAACUCAGUAAGAUUCAGAUUGCAAAGGGCUUUGACGUGUUGGAAGAGAUUGAGGCAGCAAUGAACAAAAAAGGUGGCAAUAAAAAAAAAAACCUGGAAGAACUAUCCUCGAAGUUCUUCACCACAAUCCCACACAACUUUGGCCGGAGCAGACCGCCAACAAUCGACGACAAGGAGAUAGUGGAGAAGAAGAAAGAGAUGCUUAUGGUGCUGGCUGACAUUGAGCUCGCCCAGACUCUCAAAUCAGAGACUGAAAAGUCUCAGGAAGAGAUGACAGAGAAGGUUCCUCAUCCUCUAGACCAGGACUACCGUUCCCUCAACUGCAGCCUCACACUAAUGGACAAGGACUCUGAUAGAUUCAAGAUCAUAGAAAAGUACAUGAAAGAAACAUCAGAUAACUAUCGGAAACCCAAAAUCGUCAAUGUCUGGGAAGUCGAUCGAGAGACUGAGGGAGAACGCUUCAGCGAGAAUGACGGUCUGGAGAACCGCCGUCUGCUGUGGCACGGCACGAACAUAGCGGUGGUGGCAGCUAUCCUGAAGAGCGGUCUGAGGAUAAUGCCACAUUCAGGGGGCCGCGUUGGCAGCGGUAUCUAUUUUGCAUCUGAAAACCGCAAGUCUGCAUGUUACGUGCGGCCAUCUAAAAACACUGGAGUGAUGUUUUUGAGCGAGGUCGCCCUCGGCAAAGAAUUCACCAUCACUAACGACGAUGGCGCCCUCAAAGAGGCUCCGGCAGGCUACGACAGUGUGGUGGCACGAGGAUCCGUGGAACCAGAUCCAUCCAAGGACACCAUCAUCACCCUUGAGGGCAAGCAGGUUGCUGUUCCUCAGGGUAAGCCCGUAAAACAGCCGCAGUUCUCAAACAGCAGGUUCAGCAACAGCGAAUAUCUCAUCUACAAAGAGAGCCAGUGUCGCCUUCGCUACCUGCUGGAGCUCAACAUGUAACUCAACUCAAGGAAAGAAUCAGGUCCUCUGAAAGAAAAAUAUAGUCAUUCACUUUAUUGUUACUAUCUAAAAAGACUGUGCCUUCUAUUUUGCCAACUGUAACCUCGAUACACUGCACUUCUGUACAACUGCUAACUGUGUAUCUUAGUUUUCCCAUGCAUGACACGUUUACACUUGCACUACUAUGUUAUAUUAAGCAUCCCAGCUCUAGACUGAGUAGCUCACCCUUUAUAUACUGCAUUAUAUUAUACAAGUAGUAAUGCUUAUGAGAUAAAAAAAUAUAUAUAUAGUAGAGUAAAAUGAUACUCUAUGCAUAGAUAUGUUUACAGUCCAAAGUGCUAUUUGUGGCUCAUAUUUAAGCACUUACACGUCUAAUGUGCACAGAAAGUGCUCCUGCUAUGCAAAGUAAUGUAACAUGUUUGUCAUGAUAAGCUUGGUCAAUCUUGCCUCGAGGGUCUUAUAGCUUUGUUAUAAAUGCCACCAUUUGGUGUCAGUAAUGAGCUUCAGAAUGUACCUGUCGCACAGUUUUGCAAUAAAACAUUAUUUCAAGCCUCAA